CUCCGUCUUUUCUCUCUCCUCAUCGCAGAAGUUAAUUCCAAUCCUCUCCUGUUUCUUCUUUUCCAAGUUCUACUUUAUAAAUCUAUGCUUUUAUCAUAGAGUUCAAGAUUUGAUGUUUUAAAUUAAUGGAGGGGCAUCAUCUCCAUCAUCAUCACCAUCAUCCUCUUCAUCUUCAUCGUCAAUCACAACAGCAGCAACAGCAACAUCAGCAGCAGCAACAUGGUAUUGUGGGUGGUGGUGGUGUUACGGUUAACGUUGAUGUCGGAGACAGGUUUCCUCAAUGGAGUAUUCAGGAAACGAAGGAGUUCUUGAUGAUCAGGGCAGAGCUGGAUCAGGCUUUUAUGGAGACGAAGAGGAACAAGCAGUUAUGGGAAGUUAUCUCCAACAGGAUGAAGGAAAAGGGUUACUUUCGAAGCCCAGAGCAGUGCAAGUGCAAGUGGAAAAACCUCGUCACCAGGUACAAGGCGUGUGAAACAAUGGAGCCAGAAGCUCUGAGGCAGCACUUCCCGUUUUACAACGAGCUUCAGUUGAUUUUCGCGAGUAGGAUGCAGAGAAUGCUGUGGGCAGAAGCUGAAGGAGGCGGGUCGAAGAAGAAGGCGCUACAAAAUCUCUCAUCAGAAGAAGAAGACGAAGAAGAAGAUGAUAACAACAAAGAAGUCAGUGAAGGAGAUCAAAAAGGUACGAGUAGCAGCAGGAAGAAGAAGAUGAAGAAGAAGGGUUUAAAGGGUAGCAAUAUCAGUAGCGUAAGUGAUAGUCUGAGGAACAUGAAGGAGAUAUUGCAGGGGUUUAUGAAGCAGCAAAUGCAAAUGGAGGCACAGUGGAUGGAAGCUUAUGAAGCGAGAGAGAAGGAGAGGAGGAUGAAGGAGCUUGAAUGGAGGCAAACAAUGGAGGCAUUGGAGAAUGAGAAGAUAAAGAUGGACCAGAGAUGGCGAGAGAGAGAAGAACAACGAAGGCUUGUAGAAGAAGCUAGGGCUGACAAAAGAGAUGCUCUCGUCACGGCUCUUCUAAACAAGCUCUCAAGAGAUCACGACCUGUAGUUAUGUUGUAGUACUAUGUUUUGUUUUAUGGCAAGCAAAAACGAUGAGAGGCUUGUUCCGAGAAACUCUUUCUGGUCUCAGCUUUCUCAUAGACCCUAUGUUAAUCGUUCUGUGUUGCCCGCUGACUCUUUCUUUAACCAAAGCAAUGGAAGAAAACGAGGUUUUUGCACUGUGUUA